AUGUCUGUAGUUGUUUCUUCAGCCUCUGAAAGUGAGUAUCAAGUCAGCAACCAAUCCCCCUCGCCCGCACCGGACACGCCUGGCCCCCGGUCUCGUGUGACGACACAGUCUUCCACCCGUGAAUCUCAGACUGGGGCCCUCAGGCCUUCAGCCCGCCAUACCCAAGGGGAUAGUGACCAAUCUCCCUCGCCCCCACCUGACACGCCUGGCCCGCACACGCGUGUGACGGCACGGUCAAACAAUCACACGCGUGUGACGGCACAGUCAAACAAUCGUGAGGCUCAGACUGGUCCCAUCAGGCCGGCGGCCCGCCGUACGCAUGGGAAUGGUGGCCGACUACCAGCUCGCCCUCAAAGGGGUGCUUCCACCACUUCAGCUGCCCCGCCGGCCCGCGGUGCCUCUCGCCCAAGACCUGCCAAUCUCCCCGCAGUUCCGAGCAGAGCCCGGCCCGCGGCCUCAAGCUCAAGCACUCGACGAGCAACAGCCAUCCAAGCCCCUGGCAAUGAGGCUGACCCCCAGGCUGUCCGAGCCCCUGGGAAUGAGGCUGACCCCCAGGCCGUCCAAGCCCCUGGCAAUGAGGCUGACCCCCAGGGAGCGUGGCCCCCAGCUACAGUGCAUCUUACUCUUGAUGACGAGCCUAUCAACGACGAGUUCAUCUCAGAGGUCGAUGCCAUCUUUCAGUUGGGUGGGCCAUAUGCUGACCUUGGUGAACAACUGGCCUAUGUACCAUUGCCUAGGCAAUAUGUCGUUGGGAUGUAUGGCCUCUUAUCAGUCAGGCAAGCAAUUGAAAGGCUCCGCCACGAUAUUCUCAAUGCUCCACGUGGUCGAGGGGCCCAAUCAGCUGCAGUGUCCACGGUGUUCCAGGCUGAAAACUUCCACUACGUGGCAGUAUUUAGCGAGAAGAUUAAUGAACAGAGUGACGAGUUCAAGAUCCGUUACCUGCCACGUGGUUAUUCUGAUCCGGAUCCCGCUGCCCAACGCAGUGUUACCACAUAUGUGCGAGGCAAACUUAGGAAUAGCCGAGGCAAAAUGAGGGACUUGCUCCUCACAAACAUCAAUAUGAGAUCUGAGCUCCCGGUUCCAACAAUUUCAUCCCUAUUGACUUUGAUGAGGUCUAGUUUGAUCCCACCGCUCCCGAACAAUGCACCGGCAACAGACACCACAGCCCAAGGGCGGAGGGACUAUGCUCUUCUGAAGGCGCGAGCCGCGAAUACCGAUCAGCACAGUUUUUACCAGUUGGUGACCAGAUACGAUCGCGAACUUUUUGGUGGCGAGGUGGUGUUUUCCAACAUUGAUCGGGAUUCCAUUGCUCUUCCAACACACGAGGAUAUAGAGGCUCUUGUUGCAAGCAAUGCCGGUGUGGACAUUGAAGCUGUAGCAGAUCCUGGAGAGGAUGUCUGA